GUCAGUCAGUUGAAGCCAAAGAGUAGUGGGGAGAGGGACCUUCCGAGUUCCGACCUUGCUCGCUGUUUUGCCAGCAAUUUGAUCCGAAGAGGCUAAGAACAUUAAAAAACAAAGAGAUCAUAGGAAAACUACUUUUGAUGAUGUUUGUAUCGGAGUCUCUCUAAUGAAUUCUUCUACUGCAUCGGUCUCUCCUUCUCCCUCUACUUCGUGGUUCUCUAACCUUGUUCGCAGCCGCUCUGGUAACCCUGGAAACCCUAACAUGUCCAACAACUCAAAUGCAGCCGAUGGAAGUGGUUCUUUGAAGCGGAAGAAUAAUCAGUUACGAGGCGUUCUAUUUAAGUACGGGCCCAAACCCGUACAGGUUGCAUUCAAAACGGGUGACUUCAAACAGCAAGUCAUUUUUAUUGGUGGAUUAACUGAUGGUUUUCUAGCAACUGAGUACUUGGAACCUCUGUCAAUUGCUUUGGAGAAAGAAAAAUGGUCCUUGGUGCAACUGUUGCUGUCAUCUUCUUACAUUGGAUAUGGCACCUCCAGCUUACAGCAAGAUGCCCAAGAACUUGAUCAACUAAUUGGGUAUUUUAUCAACAAGGAAGAUUCUGAAGGUGUGGUGUUACUUGGGCACAGUACUGGCUGUCAGGAUAUUGUUCACUACAUGCGUACAAAUGCAGCAUGUUCCAGAGCAGUUCGUGCAGCCAUUUUGCAGGCUCCAGUUAGUGACCGGGAAUAUAGAGCAACUCUUCCUGAAACUGCUGCAAUGAUUGAUUUGGCUUCAAGCAUGAUAAAAGAAGGUCGAGGGAUGGAUUUAAUGCCAAGUGAAGCAAAUCCAGAAGCUCCUAUAACUGCCUAUAGAUAUCACUCUCUUUGUGCAUAUAUGGGGGAUGAUGACAUGUUCAGUUCAGAUCUUAGUGAUGACCAACUUAGAAUGAGACUUGGACACAUGUCAAACACACCUUGUCAGGUUAUUUUUUCUAUGGCUGAUGAAUAUGUGCCAGAGUAUGUUGAUAAGAAAGCAUUAAUGGAACGAUUGUGCAAAGCCAUGGGAGGAGCAGAGAAAGUUGAAAUUGAGUGGGGGAACCAUUCCCUGUCAAACAGGGUUGCAGAAGUAGUAGAGGCCAUAGUGGACUUUGUUAAAAGAGAGGGGCCCAAAGGUUGGGAUGACCCAUGGAGCUAAUAUUGACGUUCCCAUAUUUCUAUGAUACUUGUUCAUAUUUGUUUUAAUUCAUGUUGUAGCCCUAGCUUUGCAUUCACCUUUAAUAUUUUCUUUUUUGUUCUUGAAUUCCCUCAUCUUUUCUUUGUAAGAGGUUGGACAAAUUGCGGCCUCAAUUCCUGUAUUUUCUAUUUGAAUCCGUCGUAUGGAGUAGACAUUAUUUUAUUUGUUCUCAGAUAAACAUUUAUUUGGUGUAACAUUUCAGAGUGAGGUUUAGGUUAUAAAAGCCCAGCUCUAUCAGAGAAUCGAUGAGUCA